UCUCUCCACACCACAGUAAUGACACACACAAUACACGCACAGAAGAGUGUCUUAGUGACUUUAUUUGAGCCAAAAAAGAAGCAAUCUUUGCCAAGAAACACACACAUUACACACACACCCUCUCUCUCUCUCUUUCUCUCAUAGACAAGAGAGAGAACAGUGGAAACAUUUUGAACUAAGAAGACCAAAUUUUGCAGCAGACUACUCUAUAGCAAAGGAGAUAGCUUUCUACCAAGAACAGCUUUCCCAUUUCAAGUCCAAGAAUGGCUGUCCUCUCACUUCCCACAUUCUUCUUCUUCACACUGCUCCUCCCAUUUCUGCCAUUCACACUCUCUCAAUCAUCAAAAACCAACAUUUCUUUGUCUCUUCUCAUGGCAAUCAAGUCCUCAUUAGACCCUGAAAACCGCCUUCUUUCUUCAUGGUCAGUCAAUGCUACUGACCCAUGCAGUGGCUCCUUUGAAGGGAUUGCCUGCAAUGAGUAUGGCCAAGUGGUCAACAUUUCAUUGCAAGGCAAAGGGCUAUCUGGUCAAAUACCACCUGAGAUUGGUCAGCUCAAGAGUUUGUCUGGGUUGUACUUGCACUUCAAUAAGCUUCAUGGGCUUGUACCUAAAGAGCUUGCUAACUUGACUGAGCUCUCUGAUUUGUACCUCAAUGUCAAUAACCUCUCUGGUGAUAUACCCCCUGAGAUUGGUGAUAUGUCUAAUCUGCAAGUCAUGCAACUAUGUUACAACAAGUUAACUGGAAACAUUCCCACUCAGUUUGGCUCUCUAAAGAAGCUAAAUGUUCUUGCUCUCCAGUCCAACCAGUUGACUGGUGCAAUUCCUGCAAGUCUGGGGGGAUUAAUGAUGUUAACAAGGCUGGAUUUGAGUUAUAAUCACCUUUUUGGUUCAAUCCCACUUAAAUUGGCUGGGUUACCAAUGCUCAAAGUUCUCGACAUCCGAAAUAAUACUCUCUCUGGCAAUGUCCCUCUAGCCUUGAAGAGACUGGAUGAAGGUUUCCAGUAUGAGAACAACACAGGAUUAUGCGGGAUCGGUUUUCCUCCUCUGCAAAUUUGCUCUGCUUCUGGUAAAAAUUCCAAUAAACCAGAGCCAUUUGGACCAGGCACUAGUCAUCUGCCUUCUAAAGAUAUUCCUGAGUCGGCGAAUGUCGAACAAAAUGGAGUGAACAAGUCCAGAAAACCUCAACCUGCUGUUGUGGUUGGGAUUCUUGGACUUAUUGUUGCUUUUGCAGUUGUGGGACUUUUUACGUUUUCAUGGUAUCGCCGGCAGAAGCAAAAAAUCGGAAGUACAUUUGAUUCUAGUGAUAGUCGACUGAGUACCGACCAGUCUAGAGAGGUUUGCAGGAGAAGUGCAUCUCCUCUUAUCAGUCUGGAGUAUUCCAACGGCUGGGAUCCUCUGGCAAAGCGCCAAGACGUCAACAGUUUCUCGCAGGAGGUUCUUGAGAGCCACAUGUUCAAUUUGGAUGAAGUGGAAUCUGCAACCCAAUACUUCUCUGACAUGAACUUACUGGGAAAGGGUAGUUUCUUGGCUACCUACAAGGGGGUAUUAAGAGACGGAUCCUUCGUUGCAGUUAAGUGCAUUUUGAAGAUUAGCUGUAAGUCUGACGAAUCUGAAUUCCUUAAGGGCUUGAAACUUUUGACCUCGUUGAAACAUGAGAACCUUCUAAGGUUGAGAGGUUUCUGUUGUUCCAAGGGUAGAGGAGAGUGCUUUCUCAUCUAUGACUUUGUUCCAAAUGGGAAUUUGUUACAAUACCUUGAUCUUAAGGAAGGCAAAAGGAAUGUUCUUGAUUGGCCUAUCAGAAAAUCUAUCAUCAGAGGAAUUGCCAAAGGAAUUGAAUAUCUGCAUGGAAGCCAGAAAAACAAGCCUACAUUAGUCCACCGGAACAUAUCAGCUGAAAAAGUACUUAUCGACCAACACUACAACCCACUGCUCUCAGAUUCCGGCCUACACAAACUAUUAGCAGACGACAUCGUCUUCUCAACACUCAAGGGUAGUGCUGCAAUGGGUUACCUUGCUCCUGAGUACACAACCACCGGCCGCUUCACUGAAAAGAGCGACGUUUAUGCCUUUGGAAUGAUCAUAUUCCAAAUCUUAUCGGGCAAAAGUAGAAUCACUCAGUUAAAUUGUCAUGGGGCCGAAAUAUCCAGAUUCGAAGACUUCAUAGAUGCAAAUCUUGCAGGGAAGUUCAACGAAUCUGAGGCAGCUAGGCUAGGAGAAGUUGCUCUUCUUUGCACUCACGAGUCUCCCAACCACAGGCCCAACAUCGGGACUGUGAUGCAAGAACUGAAUGACAUUAUGUCCAACUCUUGAUGGAAUUCUUGACAAGAUUUCUGAACUGCACUAGGGAAGAUAGGUCUGCUACUAAUUUCUUACUGGUGGCCAAGUACGUAACCGUUUUGAUAUCUGAAGGAUAUAUGCUCCCUCUUUAGUAAUAUGUAGGAAAGAAACUUUAGAGAGAUCUUCAUUUGCACAUGAAAAUCUAGGCAUGUGUCUGAGUGAGUUGCCUCGACUCACACGACCGAUCUCGUUGUAGCUGUAAUUUGUACUCGUUUUGUCGUAUAUGAUUCGCAGGCUUCUUCGUUGAUGAAA